GUCAUUCGUCUGUUCCUCCCUUCAUCAGCGUGUGAGCAGCACCGGUGGUCUGAUCUUAGGAGUUCACCAAAUCUCUUCUUAUCAAGUGAAGACAAACAUCAGCAGCCUCACCAUGAAUGACAUAAUUCUGUACAAAGGCGAGCACUUUACUGGGGAGAAUGUCACAUUCAACGCUAACAUUUCUGACCUCCAUGUUUACGGCUUUGGCAGGCUAAUGGCCUCGUUGAAGGUGGAGGGGCAUUCCUGGGUUACUUUUAGUGGGCCUCAGUUUGAAGGAGAUGCGACUAUAUACCGAAAUGGAAAUUAUCCGAGUAUCCCAGAUGAGAAGAGAUUUGCAUCUAUGAAGAUCAUGAAAAACAUGGGUGCCCCACAUAUUACCUUGUUUGCGAAAAUCAACUUUGAUGGUCCGUCUACCGAUCUCGAUGAGCACACCCCAUUGCCUUCAGGGUACAAAGUAGCCUCUUAUCGAGUGCGCAGUGGAGCCUGGUGUCUCCAUGAGUUUCAGGACGAGACUGGAAAAAAACAUGUGGCCUUCAAAGGGGACGAAGUGGCCAACUGUCAAAGUAUUGGCUUUGAAAACCACCCUGCGUCUCUGAAGCCAGCAUAGAAAUAGUGUGAGGAAAGCAACACAUGAAAAGGGGUCUCACCAGCAUGGACCCCCUGAAGUAAUGGCAAGUUGGCACCUCCAGGCUGACAGGCAGCAUGGAAGAUACAAGAGCUUUCUUCGGUUUUUCUGGCUUUUUGAGGCUAUUGCAUGUCUUUUAAUUAAUUUUACUUUUAUUAAUCUUGAUCACUUGCUUUCUUUAACUGAGUGAUAAUCAGACCAAAUUAAACUGUAAUGUCUAAACUAACAAUUGUAAAGUAUUUGUGAUGAUGUUUGUGUGAUUAUUCUUUAUUUCCAACACUAAAUAAAUAAAUAGUCGAGCACAGA